AUAUUGAUUCUAUUGUCUGCUAGAGACACUUCUGUCAAUAGUAGGGGAUCAUCUGUGAAGAGUGAACGAUUCUGCAUAUACACGACUGUAUUCGAUUCGUUUGUUCCAAUUAUUCCCCUGUGACAAGUAAAGAAUAUCGUAAUUACACCGGGAAUAAUCGUUUAUAUCGACAAUUUAACGAGAUAUUGACAUAGCACAGUAGGGGCAUUUGACAUUUUAUUUAUUGGAAAGUAUUUAAGAAAAAGAAAUUCAAAAUGUCUCUUUAUCCUACACUAGAAGACAUGAAAGUAGAUCAUAUGAUGAAGGCUCAAGUGCAAGCAGAGUCACAAUAUUCCAUUUCAAUGCCGACCGAACGGGCAGUUCCCUCGGCUCCAGUUUAUGUUCCUUCUGCACCUGGUACAUUGUAUCCAUCCCUGGGAGAUUACAUGGGACUCGAGCUAAAUGAAGAUACUAUUGCACAAAAUAUGCCCGAAUAUGCUCUUGCUAGACAUCAAAAUGCAAACGAUAUGACACUUACUUCAACAAACGUAACAUACAAUCCAAUAGCAGGAUUAGUCGCUCCUUUGUCACAACAGUCAGCAGCUUUACAGAAAGCUUAUGUAACAAACGGUAUUAGAGAGUUGAUAUUGUGUAAAGAUGCUGAUGGAAAAGUGGGAGUAAGAGUACAUGCAAUAAAUAAUGGAGUCUUUGUAUGCCUUGUGAGCCAAAAUUCUCCAGCGGCAAUGGGUGGAUUGCGUUUUGGUGAUCAAAUUUUAACUAUUAAUGAUGUAUGUGUCGCCGGAUACACAAUGGAUCAAGUGCACAAGCUAUUGCGUAAUGCAGAUACAAAUGGAAUUAAAGUGGUCGUACGUGAUAGACCACUUGAACGUACUGUAACAAUGCAUAAAGAUAGUACGGGUUACAUUGGAUUUCAAUUUAAGAAUGGAAAAAUAAUUGCUUUGGUGAAAGAUUCUUCGGCUGCACGAAACGGACUCUUAACCGAUCAUCAGCUACUUGAGAUUAAUGGAAAGAACGUAGUCGGGAUGAAGGAUAAAGAUAUUACAACAGAGAUUGAAAAUGGUGGAAAUAUUAUCACAGUGACCAUAAUUCCAUCCUACAUUUAUGAUCACAUGGUGAAAAAAAUGUCCAAUAGUUUGCUGAAGAAUUUGAUGGAUCAUUCUGCAUUGGAUCUUUAAAUAAGGAAGUAAAUCGCCAAUUUCAUAUAUGCCAUACAGCCAGUUAUCAAUGGGUACGUGCAUUAUUUCUCUGUAGCUCUUUAUUACAAAGAAAGUAAUACGAAGAUAUCCUACAGAUACAUUAUAUUAUAAACUCAAGAUGCCAAUCAUAUUAUUAUUGCAAACAUGACAUAUGUGAUACCUAUUUAGAAUGUAGAGCCUAGUUCCGUGUCAAUCUCGACAUUAAUUGGCUAAAAAUUAUGGAAAAAUAUAUAUCAAAGAUUAUUUUUUUAUA